AUGUCUGGGGUGGAGGUCGUCGCUGUUGUCGCGUGCGUAGCAGCCGUAAUAUCUGCCUACCACGACGGCAGCCAAGUAUUCAGCGAAAUCCGACGCAAAUGGCGCGAACGACGCAACUCCCAUCCACAGGCUUCCUCAGCAGUCGCCACAGACCUCGAAUACUCGCUCCAACGCAGCAGAGAAGACAUCCUAACACAGUGGAAUGGACACGUCAGCCGACUAGGCCACCGCUUCGAAAUGGGCGACGACAUCGCCCAGGCCACGAUGAAAGACAUCCUCAUCGGGCUGCAGAUCGCACUACUGACGCACCUCCGCGAGAAUGGCGUGCACCUGGACAUUUUUGCCCUGCUCAACGUGUCGGACCUCAGUCGGGCUCGCACGAUAUCUGCUCUGCAUGAGCUUUACCAGCGGAUGGCACAGGCGGCGCCUAUACCGUGGCAUAUGACUUCGCCCGUGCCGCCGGGACUGCCGGUUGUUGAGCCGGGCUCGGGGUUGGCGAGGUAUAUUCUUGAUAUUGAGCGGUUGUCGUCUGCGUCGUCACAUUCCUAUCGAUAUGGGUCUGGGUCUGCUGGGUAUAUGGAGCAGCAAUGGCGUGGAGGUAAUAUCUCGACGGCACGACCUUCGCCGCCGGGGAGGGUUUUCAGUGGGAGUAUAUCCAACUCGCCGCCGGAUAUGUAUCGGGCUCCGAUUGAGGGACCAUCACCAGGCCAAGGACAGGGCCCGCGAGAACGCAGAUCAUCAGCAUUCAGCUCGUUCAGCUCGACAUUCAAUACCUGGCUGCGCGAGAGACGUCGCUCAUCCGUCGAAUCGUCCGGAGGCAUCGAGCGAGACGACCGAUCCGACAUCGCAGCCAUCGCCGGCCUACCUUCACCUCCACCAACAGCUCACAAUGAAGCUACGGCCACAGCCACAGCCCCGCGCCCAAUCCCGCGUCCAACACGCGCAGAACUCGAAGCACCCGCCGAAAAUGACGAAUUAAACCUCAACCCCUGGAUCUCCGUAAUGGACGAGCGAACGCGCGAAGAACUCGAAAUAGAAGAAGAGGUAGACCGGCAGGUAAAGACACCUCCUCCAAUCUGCGCCGACACAUCUGUCUCAACCCUCGCCCCAAGACAUCCGAGUCUCAACCUCUCGGGGCCCCCUCCCUCAACGCACAGCGACAUCUCCAACGAAAGCAGCAGCUCCUCCCGUUCCAAUGAUAUCCGGCUCAUCCCCCACAACCCAGGCAUCUCACUGUGGCCACCAAGCCGAGACAAUGACUACGCAGGCUUCUGCAAAGGCGCCUGGAAACUCAAUUCCGGCUUCGAGGGGUUCAAAGUACACAACGUUCCGAUCGGGUACUACUCGCUCGUCCCGAAAUGGAAAUGCACAAACUGUUUCUUCGACAUGCCCAUCUCCCCUCCUUCCACUUCUUCGAGUCACAAACCCACUUUCGACGAGAAAGUCUACACACACCCCCCUCUCGCAUCCGCUACCGCUGGAGUUUCCUGGCAAAGAGCCACAUCGGAACUCGGACACGGCCUGCGCCGGGAGAUAGUCGGAUCGGGACGUUUGGGUGCAUGUUCUGCUGUUUUGAGAGUGAUCGGGUAA